UUUUAGUACUUCAGCUCGGGUCAGAAGCGUCGCACCUGGCACCUGGCACCUGGCACCUGGCAGCGAGUGAGCGACGUGUGCAAAUGAGAUUGUAAAGGCACGCAAUCGAGUACGAAAAGCGUUGAAAGAUGAAACAUCUUUGGGCAUGUCUGAUGCUCGUGCUGGUCCUGCUGCUGUUGGGAUCGGAGCGGGCAGAGUCCAAGAAGUAUCUGCGCUGUGAACUCACCCGCGUGCUGGUGGAGAACUACAACUUUGACAAGACUUUCCUCUCCAAUUGGAUUUGCCUGGUGGAGCACGAGAGCUACCUGGAUACCACCAAGAUAACGCUCAACAAGAACGACAGCAAGAACUAUGGCCUCUUCCAGAUCAACAGCAAGGACUACUGCGCCGAGGGACGCAAGGGCGGGCAGUGCAACAUGAAGUGCGAAGACUUCUCCAACGAUGAUAUUGGCGACGACAUUGCCUGUGCCAGAAUGAUUCAGGAGCGGGAGGGCUUCAAGUACUGGAAGGGCUGGGAUCGCUUCUGUCGCAAUCCCCAGAAUCUGCCCAAUCUGCGUGUGGCCUGCAACCUGCGCAGCCUGUCGCCCCUGCGCACUCCUCGCAGCUUCUACUACGUCUCAGGCUGAUUACUUAUUCCCCUUGCAGAUGUGUACAAAACAUGAUAAUAAUGUAUAUUCAUUUUGCAUAA